AAAGGCAAAGAAAGAGUGAUUUGAGGCCUGGUGUUCUCCUGAGGUAUGAAAGGCCAAGGACUUGAACCUCAGGUGCCCACACUGCAAGCUGCUGGUUCUUCUUGUGCCGGUGUCUUUCUCUCUCUGGUUUUAACCUCACAUAACUGCCUGGACCUGAAAAAACACUUCUCAACACAGACAGCAUCAAAACGCUAAUAGCCCUAUGGAAAAUAUUCAUGUGGCCCCACCUCCUCUUCCCCCACUGAGAAGAAAGACAUCAAAUUCCCAGCUGACUGCAUUUGCAGCAUUCUGGGAAAUACCAGAGAUGGGAAGAACAAGACAAGAGCGGUCCAAGACUGAACGUUUCCAGUUGCCUUCAGCCCUUGCCAGCAUAGGAAACCGAGCAGUUUGUUUUGCUCCUGACCAACAAGACAGCUUUCUACAAAACAGCCAGAAGGAAUGGUGGAAAGAGGUGGAGGGAACUGCUCUUUCAGAUGCCAGUUAGUACUAUAUUUAGCUCUGAAUCCUUUCCCUUAAGUAAAUUCAACACAUCUCUUCAAUAUUGUCCAAUUUAAUAAUGAAGCACAUGUUUCUAAAAGAGCUGGUAAUGCACCAGACAUGAAGCCAUUCAUAUCUGACUCAGCACUGCAACCUCAGACCAUCCAUGUAUCAAUUAAAUGUUGUUACCCUGACACCCGGUCUGAAACAGCAAGCACAUCGUGGCCCAGCUGCAGUGCUCUGACCCGGCUGGAUUUGUUCUGGCAGUCAGAGGGGGCACAUCGCCUGCCUAACUGCCACUACAGUCACUGGAGAAAUGAAAUUUCACUUCUAACAAAACGUGCUCGUUCUUUUCUAAUCAAAACAAGCAGGCUUGUAUUCUAAUGAAAAGGCAUUAAACCAAGAGAGAAAUAGAUUACAAUAUGUUACAUUAUACUGCACGGUACACCUGACUGCAGCUGUAAUUGGUGGAUAGACAGACAGGCAGUCACUCUGUCAGCUUUAGAAAUGGGUCACAGUGUUCUGGAAAAAAACAGCAAAAUGAGUUAAAAGUCAGCUUUCAGUUCCACGGCUCUCUCUGCACUGUGGAAAAAUAGAUUUGGGUCGAUCGCUCUUACUCAAAGAUGUGAUUUCUUUUGGAUAUACUCCCAAAACAGUCUCAUCAGCACUGAGCAUGUUCCCAUUUCUGUUCUAUGCUUUACAGGUACUGGCUGUGUCGCCGUACUAACAUAAAAACAUCUGUAUUUCCAGAGUCAAUGUAAACGCUUUGGUUUUUAUUAUUUCAGGAAAGAGGAGGACGCUGAAUAAAUUUGAAGCUCCUAGUAAUGUUCCAUGUUCAAUGUGCAUUAUGUGGUGUUGAUUUGGUUUCUUCUUCUUUAGCAUUUUAAUGUAUUCAUAAAAUUAUAAGUCUAAAAAUGUUUUAAAAUACAUAUGAGGUCUUGAACCAAGUUAGAUCUGAUCCUUGCAUCUAGCAUUAUUGUGCUCCUGAACACAGUUAGCAGGUUUCAAAGGCCGGAACUAGGAUUAUCACCUUUUGUCUUAUCUUGGCCCCCUAACAAUCCCGUGUCUGUGCUAUAUUGUUUUGGCAAAAUGGGUCAACGGAAAUGUCAAGCAGACUCCACUUUCCCAGGAAAACAAAACUUCAGCUGUAAUCUGAACUGGCAUCUGAAAUUCUGGGUAUCUGCAGUGCCUGUGCAAACUGUUCUGAGUUUAUUAAUGAAUGCACAGUUACUAUUCAGCUAUAAAAUCGCUUAGGAGCAAAAUCAAAUUUGCGAGGAAAUACCAGAAAUAAUAUUGUUUCUUUUCUCAUUCAUGUUCGUCCAUGUUGUGUGACCUUCAGUUCCCUGUGUUACUCCACUCUGCUCCCUCUGCAGCUGCUUUACCGCCGUCACCAGGUGUUUUCCUCGCUGCUGCUAGACAGAGCCCACAGAGCCCAGAAGUAAUAUUGGUGUCUAACACAAGGGUGAAGGCAUCAGGAGCCUGAGCUGGAUGCAAAGCGUGCCGAGAUGGAAUGUGCCUGUCGGAGACUUCAGCUGCCAGACACUGAGUCUUCACUGAUCACAAGCAGACGGAGCUUUUUGUUUCUUUCAGACUGGUGAAAUUCAAGCAGCAAAAGGCAUCUACCUGAAUUUAAAAAUCAUCUGACAUCCUAAUUUCCAUCUUCCACUUAGUGUCCUUGAAUAGCUGCAUUUAAAUAUAGGGCAAGGCAACGCUUCAGUAACGUGGCACUCCCGAAUGGCUGAGCCAGUUUGUUGCAGCACAGCACUGAAGGAUGCACUCAGCACAAAAAAAACAUCGCUCCCCUUAAAAAGGGUGUCAUCUCUGUAAGGGACAUUUAGGUCUGCGCCCAGAAAACCACUGAGAGAGGCUUCCCAGUAACUUCAGCAGGCAGAAGAUUCUUAUUUGGCCUAUGAAUGAAGCACAUGCAUAGGUAGAUCUUUGAGAUCUGGGGUGUGCAUGACCAAAGGACGAGUGAGGGCUUGUGGAGGACAACCAGCCUGUAAGAAGGGGAGUGUAGGAAAUGAAGUUGUAUUUCUGGCAAUGAUACCCAUUAAACGAACUUGGUUUUCAGCAGUUACCGCAGUGCUGUGCGAGCAGUCCGCAAUCCCACAGCAUGCGAUCCUGCAGGACAGCUAAUGCUGUGCGCCAAGCGCAGCUGCGAGCGGCCAAGGGGACUGCUCUGCUCAGCUGCGGCCUCGCCUCGAGUAACGUGUGCAGUUCUGGGCACCACAAUACAAAGACAGAAAUCCAUCCGAGUACAUCUAAGGAGGGCUGACAACGAUGGGAAAGGGUCUGCAGGGAAAGAAACGAGAGGAGCGGCCGAGUUCGUUGGGUUCAGAGCAGAGGAGGCCGAGGGGAGUGGGGGGACAGCGGCAGAGCUCGAGGGAACGGCACGGAGGCGCGUCGGGGGGUGAGGGCAGGGGCUGCCGGCGGGCACGGCACAGGCUCCAGGGCAGCGGUCACGGCGGCGAGCUGCCGGAGCUCAAGAAUCGCCGGGACACCGCUCACAGACACAGGGUUCGAACUCGGGACUGCCAGGGGCAGCGCUCGGCGGGAGGCAAACCCGCCACGCACGCGGCGCCCGCAGCGGCACGGCACGGAACGGGGGCGGUGGCGGCGGAGCCCGGAGCGCGGCAGGAACUGAGUGCAGCCGCAGCCCCGGCGCCGCCACUGAGCAUGCUCGGCUCCUCCACAUCCGCCCCCGCUCGGCCGCCCAGCGGCGGGGGAAGGCUCCCCGCCGGCAAUAAGCCCCUCGCAGGUGGCGGAGGCGGCGUGCGGGGUUCGCUGCCGCCAUGAACCCCGGCGGCGGGGGGGCGGCGCCGGCCUUCCCCGGCCCCGUGCAGUUUCCAGGAGGCACCACGGUGCUGGUGGAGCUCACCCCGGACAUCCACAUCUGUGGCAUCUGCAAGCAGCAGUUCAAUAACCUCGACGCCUUCGUGGCCCACAAGCAGAGCGGCUGCCAGCUCACCAGCGCGGCGGCCGGGGCCGCCGGCACCGUCCAGUUCGUGUCGGAGGAAACGGUGCCUUCGGCGCAGGCACAGAGCUCGAGCAGGACCAUCACCUCGGAGACGCAGACCAUCACAGUUUCUGCACCAGAGUUUGUUUUUGAGCAUGGCUAUCAAACGUACCUGCCUAGUGAGAGCAGCGAGCCUCCGACUGCUGCUGUCGUCUCCACGCCACCAAAAGCACGUUCAAGAAAAUCAGCAUCUUCACUUACCCAGAAGAAAUUAAACUGUUGGUAUCCAGGUUGCCAGUUCAAGACGUCCUAUGGUAUGAAGGAUAUGGAACGUCAUCUGCGAACACACACAGGAGACAAGCCCCAUAAGUGUGAUGUUUGCAGCAAGUGUUUUAGUCGCAAAGACAAGCUGAAGAUGCACAUGCGGUCUCACACUGGGGUGAAGCCUUACAAAUGUAAGCACUGUGACUACGCAGCUGCUGACAGCAGCAGCCUCAACAAGCACCAGCGCAUUCAUUCCAAUGAGCGUCCUUUUAAAUGUCAGAUCUGUCCUUACGCAAGCCGCAACUCUAGCCAGCUAACUGUACACCUCAGAUCCCACACAGGAGAUGCUCCUUUCCAAUGUCAGAUGUGUCCUGCUAAAUUUAAAAUCAACUCAGACUUGAAGAGGCACAUGCGUGUGCAUUCUGGUGAGAAGCCUUACAAGUGUGAGUUCUGUGAGGUUCGGUGUGCUAUGAAAGGAAACUUGAAAUCACACAUUCGUAUAAAACACAGCAUGGAAAAUACUCUCAAGUGUCCAGAGUGCGAGUUUCAGUGUGGAAACAAAACGAGCCUUCGACACCACAUAAGAACUCAUCAGCCCGAGCAGCCAGUGAAGUGCUCAGAGUGCAACUACUCUUGCUCCAACAAGGCAGCUCUGAAAGUACACGAGCGAAUUCACUGCAAAGAUCGCCCUUUCAAAUGUGAAUUCUGCAGCUUUGAUACCAAGCAGCGGAGUAACCUGACAACUCACGUGAGGAAAGCUCAUGGAGACAAAGUCAAGACCAAGAAGCAAACUGUGGAGAAGAAAGAAGGAGACAGGCCAAAGCAAGGUGGCUCUAGGCAAGUUGCCAAAUUAGAUGCCAAGAAGGCAUUUAAGUGUGAUCUGUGUGACGCUUCAUUUGUCCGAGAAGAUUCUCUUAGGAGUCAUAAGAAGCAGCACAGUAUGUACAGUGGAUCUAAAAAUAAUGAACUGGCUGUUCUGCAGCUCCAGAUGGAUCCCGGCCGCCAGGCCAGUGCCCCGAUUACUGUCAGUCACCUCCAGGUCCCGAUUCAGGCUGCUCAGGUUUCUCCAUACAAUGAGGGGAGGGUCAAGAUCAUUGUGGGUCACCAGGUCCCCCAGACCAACAAUAUCGUUCAGGCUGCAUCAGUGAACGUUGUGCCCCCUGCGUUAGUCAGCCAGAGCCAGGAGGAGCUCUCGGCCAACAGCCGCUUGCAGCUUCUGGGCCAGGUCAGCCUGCUGGCCCCACCGCCGCCUCCCAUCUCUCAGAGCGAAGCAGGGCCCGUGGCCCAGCCAGCGGUUCUUCUCACAACCCAUGACCAAAGUGAUGGAACUGCUUUACAUCAGACUCUGAUUCCUGCUGCCACCGUCAGCAGCCAUGAGGCGUCAGCAAACCAAGCUUUCAUCACCAGCUCAGGAAUCAGCUGCGCUGACUUAGAAGGCCUUAAUGCUUUGAUACAGGAAGGAGCGACAGAAGUGACUGUGGUUAGUGAUGGAGGCCAGAGCAUUACCGUGUCCACUUCGGCCCCCCCUCCUCCCAUCUUCUCCUCAUCCUCUCACACAGAAGCCCCUAAGCAGACCUACUCCAUCAUCCAGAGUGGAGCCCAUACAGCUUUACUGUGUCCUGCAGACUCCAUACCAGAUUAGCCACAAAGGAACUAAACAAAUUUCAGCAGAAAUGCAUAGGGUGCAAGUGAAUACAGAAUGUGUCCUAUAAAGCCAAAUACUCACAUACACGUUUUACAUGUCUGUACAUGGAAACAUACAUCUUGUAUGUGGAAAAGAGGUGUCUGUAUUUAUGUGCCUCUGCUGAAAUUAAGUCUGUGUUCUUUGUAAAAUGUGUUGCAUAUUUCACUAAGCAGUCAGCUUCCCAGAAUAUGAUUCUCAUAUCGUGCUGGCUAAGAAAACGUCACCUUAUGAUGAAUUAUCUUCACAUCAGACUACUUCUUCCCUGUAUACACAAAAAGAUACAGGAAAUAGAUGGUCCAAGCCACUCCAAAGUAUACUGUCAAGUAAGGCCUGUUUGGAUCGCAUGCUGUGUAUGCAUUGAGUGGAUGUGGCCAGUAGCUGAUCUGUAAGAAAUGUCUACAACCAGCACUAAUGCAGGGCUAGGAAAGGUUGUGACCUAUUCCUUAGUAUCAGUAGAAGCUGGUAGCGUGUGAUGCUUGAUCUGGAAGUUCUUAUGCAGAAGACCAAGUUAAUUGUUUUUAGAAGACAAAAGAAUUCUGUCCACUCAUCAGUAAUUACUAAAUUUGUUAGCAAGGUCACUAUUGCGAAUCAUACAUGUGGCGCGAUGAUCUGUGUCAGAGGCACCUGUGUUUUAAACAGAACAACCACAAAUAUAUUUUUUACAAACGCUA